GGAGCAUCCUUUUAUUUGGACCUCGGGGAACAGGCAAAACAUUAUUGGGCAGAUGCAUAGCUAGUCAGCUAGGGGCCACAUUUUUCAAAAUCGCCGGUUCUGGACUAGUCGCCAAGUGGUUAGGAGAAGCAGAGAAGAUUAUCCAUGCCUCUUUUCUUGUGGCCAGGUGUCGCCAGCCCUCGGUGAUUUUUGUCAGUGACAUUGACAUGCUUCUCUCCUCUCAAGUGAGUGAGGAACACAGUCCAGUGAGUCGGAUGAGAACCGAGUUUCUGAUGCAGCUGGACACUGUACUAACUUCGGCUGAGGACCAAAUCGUAGUAAUUUGUGCCACCAGUAAACCAGAAGAAAUAGAUGAAUCUCUUCGGAGGUACUUCAUGAAACGACUUUUAAUCCCACUUCCUGACAGCACAGCCCGGCACCAGAUAAUAGUACAACUGCUCUCACAGCACAAUUACUGUCUCAAUGACAAGGAGUUUGCACUGCUUGUCCAGCGCACAGAAGGCUUUUCUGGACUAGACGUGGCUCAUUUGUGUCAGGAAGCAGCGGUGGGCCCCCUCCAUGCCAUGCAAGCCACAGACCUUUCAGCCAUUAUGCCCAGCCAGUUGAGGCCCGUUACAUAUCAAGACUUUGAAAAUGCUUUCUGCAAGAUUCAGCCUAGCAUAUCUCAAAAAGAGCUUGAUAUGUAUGUUGAAUGGAACAAAAUGUUUGGUUGCAGUCAGUGAUAACUUCUUUAAAAAAAAAUGUAUUGAAUGUUGGCACACACACAUAAAACCUGCUACAUAGGGUAGAGAGCCCUUUCCAGUAGUGUUUAAAUCGCAAAGGGUACUGGGGAAGACGACGAUUAAGUUGCAUCUUUAGAGUCAGGGUAGAUUUGGAGGAAAAAAUGCAUCAAAUAAGAGCUUCUGAUUUGAAAGCCCCAGAUGACAGAAAGCAUCUGUUGAUGCUCAGUUCGGUUCAAGCUAGACAACACUCGCCAAGGAGCAAGGUGCAAGUGUGUUGAUUUCAGAAGGACAUGAACCUCGUGUGUUGAUUCCAUUCUGCUGUUCUUGAGAUUUAGUUGCUGUCAAGUGCCUGGAGUGGUGCUUUAUUUUUUGUUUGCCUCACAAUUACAUUGGUGGCAUGUGCUAAUAUAAAGAGCUUUAACUUCAAACAUUAUUGGACUAAAGAGAUGAACGGUUAUGUUACGAAAACCAGAUUUUUGCCAUUUUAAGAGCAACAGUAUUCCUCAAUCCUGUCUGUUCUGCAGUAUUAAGCUAAGAACAGGUAAAACAGGGUAACGGUAAUCUGGACCUUAAUUUCUGCAGUUCAUUUCUUUUAAUGUUCUUGUCUGCAAAAACUCAGGAAAGCGAUUGUGAUUUGUACAGUACCUCAAAGGAAUGUGUUGAAAGCACUAUGUACUGCUGAGAGUAAUGGGAUAGGCUUCAAUGUUACUUUAUAUUAAAAUGUAUGUUUACCUCAACAAUUGGAAAAUAGCAAGGAAAAUUACUUUGAAUGUAUCCAGAAAAAUACUGACGUGCGAUACAACUGAAUAUUUACAAUUUAAAGUAGAAAUGGAAGGAUUUAAAAAAAGGUUCUUUUACUAAUGAUGGGGAAUUAACCAGAGCAGAAUAAUUCUUUAUGUCAGUAAUUGCAAGAGUUCUUCGUACAUUGCUCCUUGAUAAUGAAGUGAAAAUGUUUUUAAAAGGUACACUGGUUAACGGAAAGCUACUUAUUCAGUUUGUGUUAGUGUCUAGAACAGUCAGCCACAAGACCUGUUUAGGACCCUGAAAGUCACAGUACCUAAAAACUAGGACUGCCUUUUACUGCAUAGGUGGUAGUGGUGGGGGUGGUGGUUUGUAAGAUCUCUCUUAAAACUGCUGGGAACGGUGUCAUUCUAUUCACUAAUCUAGCUUAUAGGCUUGCCGUGCUGUUUGAUAGAAUGCAGAAGAUAGCAACCAAAACAAACAAACAAAUAAAUACAAAAAUCAACCAACCAACUUAUGUAUCCACAAAGAGCGUCUACAUCCCCUCUCCUUUUUGACUCCUCUCUUGUCAGUGCAAUUUUGCUUCUCAUUUUGAAAUCUUCUGGGCUGUAGUGCUCCCGCGUUCAUUUCUACCUCAGUUUUGUUACAUUUCUCUUGGAAAGUAAAGUAGACAAUUGGAAGUGGACACACACACACACACACACACACUAUAGCGUGCCAAACAUGUUACUUUGUUUUCUUCCAUCUUUUCCCAUAAAUCUAGUUCCAAGAACAUCAGUCUUCAUGCUUGCUUCCACCUGAGUCCACUCCCACCGCAAUAGCAUAUGUGGCAUUUUUCUUAAUUUCCCAUUCCUCUCCUGCUCCCCACCAAGUUGUUCUUUGUAUCCUUUAAUGCUUUCUGUGCAGCUUUUCAUUGAUAGCUGAUUGAUGAUCGGCAAUCCCUCUGAACAGACACAGUGUAGGCUGUAGCUUUCCAAAGCCGCUGCCCGUGCAUAAGCAGAACAGCCUGGCUUUUUGAAUGUAUUCUUCCUGGUUUUUUUUUUUUCCUUCAUUUUUUUAGUUGAGAGAUGCAAUAACAAAACUGUUGCAGAGCACUGGCAUUUUAUGUAUUCAAAAAGUGAUGUACAUUUUUAAAAAUUUUAAAUAAAUGCAAUGAGAAGCCCCAAGAAAGGUCUUUCUGUUAUUGUUUUUUUUCCUUCAAAAAUUUUUACCGAUUUCAUCCACAAUGUCAAAUUCUCUGAAAUAUAACAUAGACAAAGCUAAUGAAGGACUUCAUUAUAUUUCUGAAAUUUUAUGAUAUUCGAUCAUUACUCCCCUUUUUUCUUAUUUUUUAUGUUGCUAAAAGCUGAGCAAAUGGAGGAGAAUUUAAUUUACAAUGAUAUUCUAUCAAUUAAAACUGUGCUUACCUGUAAAUAUUCCAUAUUAAAAAGCAGUGCCUUUCAUUAAGGAUACAAAAAAUAAUAUUUAGGUAUGUCCUUUGCAUUUCGCAAGUGAAUAAAUGCUACAAUCGUAUUUUGGCUCUAUCCUGCACAUCCCUUAUUGUAAGGAAAUUCUAAUUUUCUCAUUAACUUGUAGGUUCAUAUUGAUCUCACUGACAAGUUUACUUUUGCCCAGUGCUGACCUAUUUUCUGUCUCGUAGACAUUAAAUUUUAUUUCCGCCAACAUGCUGUGUUCACUUGAAAGCAACUGGCAAGUUUUGACAAACCUGGUCUUAUUUAGACAACUUUGGAAAAUCCAAUAUUGACCCACAUUUUUUUGUGGCUGGUAAGAGUUAAUGCCAAAUAUAUGACUGCACUAUUGUGUUUUACACUCCUUUAUAAAACUGAAAAUAAAGUCCUACAUAUUGGCUUUUAGCUUUAAAUGAUUUAAAAAUUACUUGGAGAUAUGAGUGGUCAAAAAUCCAUGUAUUUAGGCAGAAGCUGAAGCCGUGUGUGAAUUUCAUUUAGCCUCGCAAAUUCUAGGAUUUGGUCUCUUAGGAAAUUGGGCAUGCUGAAGAAAUGAAGAUCUGUUGGGGGAGAUAAGGCUGACCUUUGAGUAGAUAGUGCUCUCCUGUGAUUCUUUGAUUCUGCAUGGCAGCGUUAUGAGCUCUUCUAUGGACUAGCCUAAUAAUGAGCUCUUUUCUGACCAUCCCUUCUGGAGCUUGGGGUGGGGGUGGGGGACCACAUCCUGAGAAGUGAAUGUGUACAAUCAGUGAGAGUACAACCGAGUAAUCGGGCUUCAUACUUUUGGCCUCUUUUUGACUGCUAAGAAUUUGGAGAAGGCUACUAAUGAAGGUAAGGUAAUGAGCCAGUCCACAUCCCUUGCCUGCCGUCUGGCCAGGGGAUUUGAGCCAGUCCACUUAACAGCCCCUAAUUCUCUUCUCACAACUGCAAUAACACUUCCAACAGGGACAAAAAGGAAGUGAAGGAAACUACUUCAGGAGAAGGAUCAAUAGAAAUUCAAGAGGUAGUUCAUAAUGACCUAUGUGUGACACAAAUGGAAAUCCUCUACACUUCUGGCAUGCUUCUCACCAAAAUAUUUAGAACAUUAGUGACAAUAUGGAAAACUUUGCUGACUGAGCUGAUCAAUGGAAUGUGAAGGCGGUAUACUUCAAGGCUAUUUACUUUCACACAGAAUGUUUAUCUAUUAGUCAGUUUGUAUUCUACUCAAAUGCAGAUAGACGGGUAUAAUGUUUUCUUGUGCAUUUGAAACCUAUCAAGGAGAAAAUAAACCAUUCCACUAAAAUACAUAGGCCAAACACCGUCUGGGCAAGUGAUAAAAGCUAUCCAGAGGCUAUGCUAUGUAAAAUAGCAAGGUCAAUUUACAUGGGUUGCAUAGUACUUGGCUAUGCAGUUUUCAAAAGAAUACAUCCAAAAGAGUCCAAAUUAAUUCCUACAAUAGGUCUUUGUAAAUUUAAAUAUAUUUGUGGAUUGGAAAAUAUGUUUUAGAGGCAUUUAGAAUUUCUGUCUCUGAAAACAUGUCCAACUCCAAGCAGAAAGAUACUUCUAAAAUCCCAUUCUCGUGUUUCUUAGCAAGAAUUGGGUACCAUCCUCAUUGAAACUGUAUUUUGCAAAGUGAAAGGGACACAGUUUGUUGAACUAUUGAGGUCACUAAAGUAAAGUUCUAAUAUAUAUAUAUAAAUAUAAUUAGCGUGUGCGUGUAUACGUGUGUGUGCCGUUUUCACCGCCACCUAUUUGAACUUUAAAACUAACAUCUAUUUUACGUUAUUCAGAAGCAGCUGGUUACUUCCUUUCUUUAUGUACAGAGAUAUACAUGACCGCUUUACAAUUCAAAGUGUUUUACUAUGUUUUUUCUUUUGAAAAGUGGAGCUUUCAGUUGUUGAAUCACCUGCCGAUUUUUCUAUGAAGCACAUUAGCAAACAAGGAGCUAUUAGUAUUUCAGAAUUCAAAACCAGCUGUACUUGUGACUAACCAACACAUGAACUAAAGCUCACACUCUGCUAAGACCUCUGGUUGACAUUCGAUUUUGAACCUGCCAGAUGCAUUUGUGUGAACCAGGGAUACUGCAUCUUUAAUGAACAAGUCUCUCCUCUUUCCC